ACAACAGCAGUUCAGUGCAGCCCGAAAGAACCAAAACCGUGCACGGACCCUGCAACUUUUCUCUUUCUUUCGUUUCCUGCAGCGCAUGAAUACAGAGAGCAGUGCGCUUUCCACUUGCCUGUACCUCCACACGCCCGGAGCAAGAGAAAGGGCGCUGACCCAGAACAAGAAAAGGAAAAACGAAGGAGGAAAGAUCCCAAGAAUUCCAAGCCGAUACAAUCCCGUUUUUGUUACGGGGUUUCUGCUGGAACCCUUUGUUUUGCUUGCUGCAAUUUGUGAAGGAGAGAGCCCCCUCGGUCCGUUUCUUGGUCUGCAUUUUGCUGUCGCGCCGGGAGUUUCCAGAGUUCCGCGCUGUCUUGAAGAGAGCAGGAGUUAAAAAUGGAGUCUUCGCUUGUCCGUUCGUUUGCCUCGCCUUCUGUGCUCUCCACGGGCAGGAAAAAUUGGAGAGGGGACGACUUCACGAAGUUCUGCUUUCCUGCACAAGUUUCACAGAGCAGAGAAAGGGACAUCCUCAGAGCAUACAAUACUAGAUCUCAUGUUACAAAUAUUAAGGAAAAACUUGCCCUUACCCGGAGAAGGAAUAAUGAGUGGAUUGUGAAUGCGGCCUCUGGACAACCACUUGAGUCUGGGCCAGGAGCUUAUAAUUCCGGUCGUAUCUGGGAUUCUGUAAAAACGGCUGCUGAUGCUUUUUAUCGGUUCUCUCGUCCUCACACAGUUAUUGGCACAGCAUUGAGCAUAAUAUCAGUUUCUCUGCUUGCGGUUCAGAAGUUGUCAGAUAUUUCUCCCUUAUUUUUCACAGGGGUGCUGGAGGCCGUUGUUGCUGCCCUCUUCAUGAAUAUUUACAUUGUGGGUUUAAACCAGAUUUCUGACAUUGACAUAGACAAGGUCAACAAGCCGUAUCUUCCGCUUGCAUCAGGAGAGUACACGGUUGGAACUGGCGUCAUGAUUGUUACAUCUUUUUCCAUUAUGAGUUUUUGGCUUGGAUGGAUCGUUGGUUCAUGGCCAUUGUUUUGGGCUCUAUUUAUCAGUUUUUUGCUUGGAACGGCUUAUUCUAUCAAUUUACCCAUGUUGAGAUGGAAGAGGUCUGCUGUUGUUGCGGCAAUGUGUAUUCUGGCUGUCCGGGCAGUGAUUGUUCAGAUGGCAUUUUUUCUGCACAUGCAGACCCAUGUGUUCAAAAGACCACCAGUCUUCUCGAGGCCACUAAUAUUUGCAACUGCAUUUAUGAGCUUCUUCUCUGUGGUUAUCGCAUUAUUUAAGGACAUACCUGAUAUUGAUGGAGACAAGAUAUUUGGUAUCCGAUCAUUCACUGUUCGCUUGGGUCAAGAGCGGGUAUUCUGGACUUGCAUAACACUGCUUGAAGUGGCUUAUGGUGUGGCCAUUCUUGUUGGAUCCGUCUCUUCGUGUCUAUGGAGUAAAGUCCUCACGGUCCUUGGUCAUGCUCUGUUGGGCUCUGUGUUAUGGAGUCGCGCCAAGUCCGUUGAUCUGAAGAGCAAAGCUGCAAUAACAUCAUUCUACAUGUUCAUUUGGAAGCUAUUUUAUGCCGAGUACUUGCUUAUCCCUUUAGUGAGGUGAGUGACUUCUGUGGCGACAACUUUCUAAACGAUGUAUUCCUCGGACUGCUGCAGGGAAAUCGAUUGUCUGCCGAAUUUUUGGCACGCUAUCCACAUUUUAUGGAUGAUGUAAUAAGACAUUUGGAAAGGUUGUUGCAAUUGUUUAGAGUUUGCGAUGCAGCUUGGCUCUGAUACAAGUCCCACUACGUGAAUUGUGAUUGUUGGCGAAUUUGCAUGCAGCCAUCUCUUCUGCGGUAU